AUGCUCAAGACGACGACCUCGACGACAUUCUUACUUCCCAAGCGACUGAAAUUCGCCCCGCUCGGCCCCCCUGCGCACACAACGGCCUACUCGACAGACGCCGCGCCGUCCACAUUCGCCCCGCAGCAAGACCCUCGCCAGCCAAUUUUGCUUGUCUCGCACCAGGCCAAGAUGUCACAACCGCAGUCGGACAACUCGUCCUCGCGCCAGCAACGCGUGACGGGGGCUUAUUUUCCAUUGGGCUAUAAGGAGGCCGCGCAACAAUGGUGGACCAGUGUAUCUUCCCGCCAGGCCGAGCGAACCGUCCUCUCCUAUGUCCCAUUCCUCCGCGAAGCCACCGGCGAGACUGUCGCCUCGCAAUUACAAGACCUCGCCAAGAGCGACCCCUUUGGCCAGCGGGUAUGGCGCUCGUCCAUGGUGGAACUCUCCGGGAAAAACCGCGCUCUGAACGAGCUAUCGAUCGAGCGUGUAGGCGAAACAGCCGACGACACUCUAGUAAUGCUCCACGGCUACGGCGCUGGCCUGGGGUUCUUCUACAAGAACUUCGAGCCGCUUAGCCGCGCGCCAGGCUGGAAGUUAUACGCCUUGGACAUGUUGGGGAUGGGCAACUCGGCGCGGCCGAACUUCAGGAUCCACGCCAAGGAGCCCAAGGAGAAGAUUGCUGAAGCCGAGAGCUGGUUCAUCGAUGCCCUGGAGGAGUGGCGCAAGGCCCGCCAGAUCGAAAAAUUCACGCUGCUCGGCCACUCCCUCGGCGGUUACUUGGCCGUAUCCUACGCUCUCAAAUACCCCGGGCGGCUCAACAAGCUGAUCCUCGCCUCGCCCGUCGGUAUCCCCGAAGACCCUUGGGCCGUGAACGCCGCCAUGCCCGAGCCCGGAGAAUCGACGCUAGCCAACGAAUUUAUCCAAGACCAAGAAAGCAUCGUCGAAGGCGAGCCCGCGGGCAACACCGCGUUCACCCGCAAAUCCACCACCACCAGCACCAACAGCAGCAGCAAAACCCCCGCCACGCCCCCAAGACGUCCCAUCCCGGGCUGGCUCAGCUGGCUCUGGGACGCCAACGUCUCCCCCUUCAGCAUCGUCCGCCUCGCCGGCCCGCUCGGCCCGCGCUUCGUCUCCGGCUGGACCUCCCGCCGCUUCAACCACCUGCCCCCCGACGAAAAAGAAGCCCUCCACACCUACUCCUACGCCCUCUUCCGCCAAAAGGGCAGCGGCGAGUACGUCCUUCCUUACCUCCUCGCUCCCGGCGCCUACGCCCGCAGCCCCGUGAUCAACCGCAUCCAAGACGUCGGCCGGCAGGUGGUGCGCCCAGCGACCGCCGACGGCGCGCCCGCCCAGCGGGAGACGGGUCUCCCCAUCGUGUUUUUGUAUGGCGAGAAUGAUUGGAUGGAUGUUGCGGGGGGGUAUGCGGCUGAGGAAAAGAUCAAGCAGCGUGUGGCGCAGGCGUUGAGGGAGGGGACGGCGGAGGAGAGGAAAAGGGAGAAUGGGAGUGCCAAGGUGGUGGUGGUGCGGAAUGCGGGGCAUCAUUUGUAUUUGGACAAUCCGGAUGAUUUUAAUAAGGUUAUUGUUAAGGAGAUGGCGGAGACGAGGGAGCGGCGGUUGAAGGAGGGGCAAUAG